AACGUUCGAAAUCGGUGGGGAAAGGGAAAAGUAAUGGUGCUCCGCGUGCUUGUGUGUACAUUUCAAAUGUCUUAGCGCCGCGAAACAAAUACGAAAACCGUGUGCCAAAAAGAAAAUGCACUUCGCCCACUCUGUAUUCCCAAAAAGCAGACAAUAAGAAAACUUUAAAAAUUCCAGUUAUCAGUGUAUUGUUCUUGUGUUCAAAAAUAUAUGUUAAAGUCGAAAACCAAAGCAAAAGUAUCGCGUUAAAGCAAAGAAAUGCACGUAUAGCAAAAUGCCACUCCUUAACAAUGCAAGCCGAAGUAAACCCAAUCCCAAGGAAGAACCAGAGCCACAUUAUCCCAUCAAGAAGCUGGAGGCCCUGCCCAUAAUAGUCGAGCAAGAGGCGGACGACUAUGGCCAAACCUUCGAGAAUGGCAUCCAGCUAAACAGCACCUUUGGCGUGGAUGAAGAAGCCAGCAGUUCGACGACCUCUCCGCUCUUGAGCAAGUCGAGCAGCUCCCUGUGGUCGCAUGCCUCAGAGGAUGCCCUGAAUGCCACCCUGAUCACCAGUCAACCCUCGAACUCCAGCAAACACUUUGAGAACACCUACAAGCUGCUGGGUCAGCAUCUGGACACCAAUUGCCAGCGUUCGGCGGACAAACUGCAGCAGAUCAAUGGGUCUGGCAGCGAUUUCGACAGCAUCUCCAGCUGUUCCUCAAUGUCGGCGAUUGUCAACGGGACUGAGCCACCGCCCACGCGUCUGGAACUCGAACUGGAGGCGGUGGAUCGCAUGCGAUGCAUUGUGCAGAAGAUGAAGUCCGGACCAAAGUCCAUGGAUCCACAGCUGGGCGGCUCAGCUCCUCUUUUGGCCCUGCUCCAUGAUUUCGCGUCAAAGGGGCAGCGAAAGACGGAGGUCAGUGUUCCGGGGACUCCGGUUCCCAGUCCGAUCUCUGGCCCGCUGGAGGCACCGCACUUCGAGUUGCCAUCAGAGCUGCUGCAGGCGGCCAGCAGUUGGGAACUCAUGUACUACGCCUCCAAGAAAGUCGAUGGCAAAAACUGCCUGAAAGUGGUGCGCAGUCUGCUGACAAACAAAGUUCUAUGCGGCAACCGCGUUAGCCAGAUGACUCGGGCGUACGAUGACAUUGAGGCCGUGACGCGACUGCUGGAGGAGAAGGAGAAGGACCUGGAGCUGACCGUGCAAAUCGGCAAGGAACUUCUCACCCAGAACAACGCCCUCGAGGCUCGCGUUGCUGAUUUGGAGACCGAUCUUAAGGCCUCUAACGACGACCGCGCACAGCUAGUUCACGAGCUGCACAAGAAAAACGAACUUAUAUCAGUGCUUACCAACGAUGCAGACGAUGGCACGGAUACUGACACGCCCACCAUGUCCAAGUCCAUUACCCUGGACCUUUUGCAGCGUAAGGUGAACACGCUGCUCGAUGAAAACAAGUCCCUAAAGUGCGAGGCUACCCAGCUAGCCCACCAGACGGACGAGGUAGAGGAGCACGAGCGCCAGCUGAUGGCUGAUAUCAGUGCCCAGCUGAGCGAUGCUAAUUCGCAGUACGACAACCUCAGUCUUGAGUUGGAGCGGCAGCGGGAGGAGAACCGACUGCAACAUGAGCAGAUCGUGAGCCUGACCGCUCGAUUGGCGGAGGCGGAGAUGCGUCUGCACCAGCUAACGCAGGACAACGAUGAGCACCUGUCGCUGCUGCACGUGACCAAGGAGAACCAGAAUGCUUUGGCAUUGGAGCUGGUGGAGUUCAAGCAGCGCUACGAAGAGGUGCUCGCUCUGCUCCACUCGGCACAGGAUCAGCUGAAGCAACAGCGCAAGCGGUCGCAGCCGCAGGCGAGGAGCUCAUUCCUGGGCGGCCUGGGCACGAGUGGAGCUGGCGGCGGCUUUCUCCAGCCGGACUCGCUGCAAUGCGAGCUGAUGGAGUCGUCGCAGUACUCCGAGAACAGCCUGGACUCGGGCAUAUCCGGCGACAGCCAACGAUCGGCGGACCGCAUUAGCCGCAUGAUGAUGCACAUGCCCUACGGCGGCAUGAGUGCUUCCACCAUGGGCGGCAGUAUCUACGCCGGAGCUGGUAAUGUGCCGCCUUACAAGAGGGUGUUUGACACGGUCCGAUGUGCCGGUAAGAGCGGAAACUACAUGGACAGCGGCAACGUGUCGAUGACCCAACUCGGCGCAAUGUCGAUGAGCAGCACAUCGGGGCCGCGCAUGGCUUCCAUGGCAUAUCCAGCGGGCUCUUACUAUCGCGGCGGCAGCAGUCAAUCGCUUGGUGUUAAAACUCUGUCCAGCGAGAGUCUCAACUCCCAGUCAGAUGACGGCUACCCAGCCCAGCCCUCUGGUGUGCCAGGAGCGCCCGGCGCCAAGGAGCUGGAGGCCGCCCUCAAAAGGCUAACGCCUGCCGAGGUGUUGGCCCGUCGUGCUAUGCUGUCCUACGCGCCAGCUGGAACCUAUAACUACGAUGAGCCGACGGCUCACGGAGCAGGAAACGACCGCAACUCGAACCUCCCGCUGGGCGUGCGCACGCCGGACAGCAUUAUGUCCACCGGCUCCUCGGGAAUGUCGGGUUCCACGAACCACAUGUCCGCCUCCAUGACGCACCAAUGGCGCUUGCCAGAAAAGCUGCAGAUUAUCAAACCCAUGGAGGGAUCGCAGACGCUGCACCAUUGGUCGCGCCUGGCCACGCCCACGCUUAGUGGCCUGCUAGACGAGCGUCCGGGAGUGACGAUUCGCGGUGGUCGUGGCCUGGACGACCUGGGCAUGCAGAUCUACACGCUAUCGGACGUCGAGGAGGAUGUUAGCGAUGAUCUGCCCGGCAAACAGUUCGAGGCACCAGGCUGCACAUUCACCUACACCAACAGCAUGGUCAUGCAUCCGGAUGAUGGCUUUGUGAACGAUCUGUCGUUCCUUUCGCAGUCGCAGAUGUCCUCGCGCAUGGCCUCCACUUCGACAUCAAGACAGCCCAGUUGCCCCGCCACGCCUCGUGCUGGACUGUCGCGAAAGAACUCCUGCUCCACAUUCUCGGUAAACCUGGGGCUUGCUGGGAUGCUGAAUGAGAGGGGCAUCAAGGCGGUGACGCCCAGUGCCCUCAACACACCAGCAGGUCCCAACUUCUCGCCCACGGUGACGCCGUGCAACAGUCCGGAGGGAUCGCCACCUCGCGCCCAGUCACCCGAGCCGCUUUUUGGCCUGCUUUCGUCGGGGGCGGAUCUGAUCCGCCGCAAGAUCGUCGGCGACCAGCAGCAGCAGCAGCAACAAAAGCAACGUAGCAGCCUCAGUCGGCAGCAGCAGCAGAAGAUCAUGCUGUCGCACUUGGAACGACGGGCACUGCGAUCGCUAAACCUGAUCGAGAAGGUGGAGAGCAUUGGACUGGAGAACAUAAUAAGCGCACAGCGAGGCCUAGGCUCGGGAAUAGCGAACCGCAGCAGUUCGCCGCUCAGCAGCGGUAGCCUGCAGAGUCUGCACACCAGUAGCAACAGCAUUGUGGACGAUAUACACUUUGAUCGAGCCCAAAUCAAGGGUGUCCUGCAUCGAGGUUUGAAGUCGCCCACGCCUGCGGCAGCGUCGUCAUCAACACCUGUAGCGGCAGGUGGGGUGGCCAUAUCGACGAGCAGCAGCACCAGUGCUUACAACAGCGAUGACAGCGACGAUCAGGGUCUGGUGAUGAAGAUCAAGCCAUCGAAAAGCAUGGCACCCACAGCAAAAGCAGCCGCACAAAGUCAGCCGAAUUCUGGAUCAAGUGCAUCGGGGACGACAACCAACGGCACGGCAAGCGAAACGCGCCUCAAGCAGAUGCAGCGUCAGAAAUCGCGAAGGCAACUGAAGAACGGAAUGGCCAACCAGAGACCCGAUUUGGGCACAAUUUCUGGCGGAGGCGGAGGAGGCGGCGGCGGCGGACGGGUGCGUCCUGAUCUGGGAAAGGUAGCCGACAGCGGCAGCAGCAGCAAGCUGGGCUCCAAGCUGAAUGCGGCGAAGGCAGCGGAGGAGGAAGCGGCACCGCAGAGCAUCACACAGGCGUUUGUGGGUUCAGUUAGUUCCUUGCUUUUCGGCCGCAAAGGCGGUUGGCUGUAAAACUAUGAACUAAUCAUUCACAACUUUAUUCUUACACUUGCUGGACUAUAGUUUACGGCCGGCCUUUUGCGAGCUAAGAACAAAUUUUAUUUAAGCACAACGCGAGAACGAGUUGAAUAACGAAUGGUAAUGUUAUCGUGUAAACGUUUAGUUUCAUAGUUUUUUUUUUGUUUUUUGAGCCCCGCAUAACGCCUGUAAUCGCCACCUUAAGCAACACUGGAAAAAGGUUUUAGUGUUUGUAGCUGUGAUUUGUAAAUACAUUUAGAGAAAUGUUUAAAUUUAAUAGUUAUUAAUCAAGUACUUCGCAUAUUAUUAUUAUUUUUGCCUUAAUCGACGGCGUCAAUUUAAUAACCAAACAACGGCCAGUUCAUUGAACACCGAGUUCCAAAGCAGCUAUUCUUUAGUUUAAACAAUAUUUUGCCAAUUUUGUAUUUAGUUUUCCUGUGUUUAUUACCACUUAAACGAAAACGAAACCAUGUAUACAUUUAUUUUUAUAAUUUCCUUGUGUAUAGGGUCAAAGCAGGUGCAAAGUUGUAUAUAGGAAGAACAAAAAGAGAGAGAAAAAUCAAUCUGUAGCUUGAAUGUGGUUAGGAAAAGAAGAAGUAUAUAUAUUUUUUUACACGCGUAUAUAGUUUGCUGUUGUUUGCUUUCUACACAAGAGACGUGCUCCUCCCAAUACUGCUUUACAAGGUCAUAAAUCAAAAUGCUAUUGCUUUGACUUAACACUUAUUUCGGUGCUUAGCGCGCUGCCAAACGAAAAUACAUAAACUAUAGCGAGAAA